AUGGCAGGUCAUGACAAUAAAACAUCUGCUAAGGUGUCUCAAGAACAAGUGGAUAAAUUCAUAAAUGCAACUGUUCCUGAUGAAAUUGAAGAUGAAAUUCUGAAUGCACUUGUUGGAUUUAAUUUAAAUCAUGACAUGAAUACUAAUGAUUUGAAUGACUUUUUCGAACUAUUACAAUUACCUCGUGAUCUUUAUAAACUUGUUCCUGUGGAUAAUGUAGUCGUAGAGGGGACUAAUAUUAUUGAUUUCAAUAAAAUUGUGAGAGCUACAUACGAGUUAUUAAUCUUCCUAGAUAAUUCUGAAAUUAUUAAUAAUCUUUGGCAAUUGAUGGUUACUUGUUCUGGUCGGGAUAAACAAUAUCCGCAUGUUAUAUUGGUGAACCAUAUCUUGAGUGUGAAAGAUUUACAAAAAAUAGCAACAUUUGCUGAUUUGGAUCAAUCUUCUGGUAUCAUUCAAAUGAUGACAUGUGCAACAAGUGGGAAAAGAGUUUAUAUGACAUAUUUAGAUUUCGCUAUAAUAUUAGGUAAAUUGGGAUAUUUACGAUUUUAG